AGCUGUGUAGAUUGUAUCCAAUUUUUCCUGUUAAUAAUAGUGUUUUGUAAAGAAUGGUUUACAGGGGAAUUGACAGGGUGGUUGUGUGUAUGUUGUAUUGAAGAUCAUUUCUACAAUUACUUUGGUCUCAGCUUUUAAUACUUGAAUUGAAACAAAACAUUGAUCUUAGGGGCCAUGUUUUCCCUCAACAAAAUCGUGAUUUCUAUUGACUGUUUAGUAUUGUCAUGAUGAAGGAAUCCAUGGAAAUUACUAGUAAGCUUUGUAAUUUCUUUCUCCUCUACGCAUACUCUACCGAAUUAGAUAAGAUGAAUGAAAUGUAAAUGGCGGAAGAAUUAAAUGUUAGCUGUGGAAGAAUAAGUGGUAAUGAGUGUGGCGUCAUCUCAUCAAAAUAUCAAUGCCACGUGAGAUUGGGUGUCCACCUUGGACAACCCUAACAGAGGAAGGACAUAUUUGAACCAUUUAGGUAACUGCAGAAUAUUUUUGAACUGAUACUUUAACGGAGGGUAAAUUUGAUCCUUUUUGCAUAGUAAAGGGGUAAAUUUGACCCUUUUCCAGUAAAAAAUGAGUAUAGGUUUUAUUUCUAAAGUUCGAAGUCAUCCAUUUUUGGAAAGGGUAACCUUGACAUAAUUGGUAAAAUUGUUGUCAUGUCGCUUGGAGGUUACGGGCUCGACCCGUGAAAACAAUCUCUUACAGAAAUGCGGAUAAGACUGCAUACAAUAGAUCCUUGUGAUCGGGUCCUUCUCAGAAUCUGCGUAUAGGGCUGCCCCUAAGUAGUCCAUUUUUGGAGAUUUUUGUCCUGAAACUGAUGAGUAGUUGCUGUUAGUAUGCAGAGUCAAGAAGUCAAAGUCUUUGUAUGGUGUCAAUGUGAAAACUUCAAUUUUUUUCUUUGCCUUACCUUUCUUUUUCCCAAUAAUUCCGACCCCUCUCAUACGUUUGGUUCCGCAUAGUCUUUCUUUUUGACUAGUUUUACCAACAAGCUAAAGAUUAUUAAUAGAUCUAGUUACAGUAACUGUAUAAUUCAAAAACCUUCAGCUAGUUUUCCUCUUCUUGCAAGUGGGAUUCAAUAUGGAUUUUGCUUCUUUAAUUUGCUUCCUUCUACCUCUUCUUCUAAUCUUAGUUCAGGCAAAGGGAAAAACUGAUUCCACUUGUCCAAAGCCCUUUUCAUGUGGGAAUCUUACUGACUUGAGCUUUCCUUUCGCUCUUUCCACAAAACCUGAAUGUGGAAUAAUGCCCAUGUCUCGUUGUGAUGCUAAACCACAUCCAAGAAUCCAACUGCUUCCCGGAGGAGAUUGGUACUAUGCUUUACGCACAGAGUAUAGUUAUACAGUUAAGCUCUGGGACCCCAAGCUUUAUACCACGUUGACACAACACAAGUGCCAGGUUUUUGACAAAAAUAUCUCCCUUCCAGACUCUCCUUCUAUUUCAUUCAAACUCCUCCCCACGUUUCUACACUUCCUCAAAUGCAACAGCACUAGUAUUAGCGCCCAAAACAUUACCCAAAAGAAGAAUGACCAUGUUGCUGGUUAUAAAAUGUACAAUGGCUGUAAAGACUUUAGGAUAUACUACAAGCUUCCCGGAGAUGAUGAUAAAGACAAUCAAGCAGGCAAUCUUCCUGCCAGCUGUUCACUUAUCAGUUUGCCAAUUGGCUCGAAAUCAGAUGAUGGUGGUUUGUUCAAUAUGUUAAGUGCUUCUUUUCUAGUAGAAUGGAAACUGUCUGAUGACUGCAACCAAUGUCACUAUGGUGGAGGUCAAUGCCAGACUGAUAAAACCAACAAAUUUCGUUGUUACAAAGAUGCAAAAAUGACUAGAAGAAAGUUCGGACCGACUCUGGGAGCAGUUUUUGGUGGACUAGGAUUGGUGAUGAUUUGUUUAGUUGUCUGCUUUAUUUGGUGUUACAAGAAAAGGAAAUUUAGUCCAUCCCGCUUCCUCUCAACAAAGAAAUUCUCAGACAUUUUUAAACAUGAUGUUGAGGGAGGAAGUAUAUACUUUGGUGUCCCAGUCUUCUCUUAUUCAGAACUUGAAGAAGCCACAAAUGAUUUCAAUUCCUCUAGAGUCCUUGGAGAUGGAGGUUUCGGAACUGUUUACUAUGGAAAACUUAAGGAUGGACGAGAGGUCGCUGUAAAGCGCCUCUACGAGCACAACUGCAAACGAAUGCAGCAGUUUGUAAAUGAAAUUGAGAUCAUUACUAUGCUAAGGCACAACAAUCUUGUCACCCUCUAUGGCUGCACUUCAUGGAGAAGCCGUGAACUACUACUUGUCUAUGAAUACAUUCCUAAUGGAACUCUUGCUGAUCACCUCCAUGGUGACCAAGCGAAGGACCGAUCACUCGCGUGGCCAAUCCGCAUGAACAUUGCCAUAGAAACUGCUGGUGCAUUGGCUUACCUUCAUGCAUCUGACGUAAUACAUUGCGAUGUGAAGACUAGUAACAUACUCCUUGAUCAUGGCUUUAGUGUUAAAGUUGCAGAUUUUGGGAUUUCAAGGCUCUUCCCAAAUGAUGUCUCACAUAUUUCAACCGCACCCCGGGGAACCCCUGGCUAUAUUGAUCCAAAGUAUCACGAAUGUUACCAGCUGACAAGUAAAAGUGAUGUCUAUAGCUUCGGGGUGGUCCUUGUUGAACUCAUUUCAUCAAUGCCAGCUGUCGAUAUGAAUAGGCAUAGCCAAGAGAUCAAUUUGGCUAACUUUGCAAUAAACAAGAUCGUAAAAUGUGCAUUUCACGAGUUGAUCGAUCCAUCUUUGGGGUUCGAUUCAGAUACCAAGAUUUGGGAAAUGACUACUUCAGUGGCAGAGCUAGCUUUUCUGUGCUUGCAGACAGAUAGGGACAUGAGGCCUACUAUGGUUGAAGUUUUGGAUACUCUAAAGGAGAUUCAGACUAGUGAAUUUGAAAAUGAGAAGAGAGCUGAGUCUAAUCUCAAUGGCAAUGAAGCUAAAAUAGUAGCAGGUCCUCCUUUCCCAGAAUCAGAAGAUAUUUUAUUGUUGAAGCAAGUUAAAUCACUACCUUCACCAAAUUCUGUGACUGAUAAAUGGAUUACUUGCUCUAGUAUAAUUACUACAAAGUAGUUCUAUACCUCCUUCCUUUAUUAUUGAUGUAGAUUCUGAGAAACUAAGAAUGUACUACUGUGAGAAGUUGCUCGAGCUACAUAUCUAUGAGUGAAAGUGAUUCAAUUUUAAUUUCAUUAUACACGAGCUGUUAUAUACACUGGCAGUUCGGAAAAUGUAAAGGUUGAUGUGUUAUGGGGUUAGAAGUGCUUAAAAAACUUGUAUCUCAGCUUGUAUUUCCUGGACAGUGUGGAGGAAGAGAAACCAAAGAUGCUUUGAAGACAAUGCAGCUCCACCCGGAAAAUGAUGAUGAAGUGCCAGUUUUGUUUUGUUUUUGGUGGAAACAAGGAUAUAUGGAGGAUCUUAAGUAUUUUGUAGAUGUUAUAGGAUCCUUAUGAAUCUAAGGAAUAUGAGAUCUUUCUGUAGUCCUCUUUGUAAGUAAGUUUUGACUGCAUUAACUCUGGUGCAGUUUUUGAUAUAUACAACAGUUGUUACUUUAUCAGAAAAAAAAUAAAAAAUGAGGUACUAUUUGAGAACUUGUGAAA